AUGGCUGACGGGAAGAGGGAUGAAGAAAAUGGCGCGAGACAGCUCCUGGGAACCGGCGUCGGCCCUAUUAUCGUAGGCCCCAUGUCCGAAGUCGUUGGCCGUCGUAUAAUUUACAAUCGCGCAAAUAUUGGAUUCUGUGCAUUCACGGUUGGCUGUGCCUUGACACCGUCUUUACUUGGAUUGGUGAUAUUGCGUUUCCUGCAAGGAUGUUCUGCAUCCUGUUCUCUCAACAACGCAGGCGGAACUAUUUCCGAUCUUGUGCCAAUACAUCGUAGAGGGCUUGCUAUGACUAUGUACUCGGCGGGGUGGCGAUGGGUAUUCUGGUUGUGGCUUAUUCUGAACGGCACCAUGGGAAUUUUCUGCGCUUUCACAUACACAGAGACAUAUGCGCCUGUCAUUCUCAAACGGAAGGUUAAGACACUCCGCCAGAAAACCGGCAACCAAGCGUUAUACGCAAACGGUCAGCGUCAGCUGCCCGCGAACACUGUCCUAAAACGAGCAAUCACCAGUCCCGUCAAGAUGUUUCUAUUCUGCUCGGUCGUCACUGGCCUAGCCGUGUACAACGCAGUCAUAUACGGCUUCACUUAUCUUCUCUUCUCUACCUUCUCCGUUGUUCUCGAAGACCAGUAUGGUUUUAAUCAAGGAAGGCUCGGCAUGGUAUAUCUAGGUUUGACAAUUGGCUUUCUGGUCUCACUGACAAAAAGCAGGGGAGCAGCAAAACCCGAAUUUCGCUUGGAAUCCUUGGUAUACGGGGCAAUUGCAAUCCUCAUCGAAUUCUUCAUUUACGAAUGGACGGUUCAAUACCACUUUGACAGCGCCGUUCCUGUUGUCGCGACGGGUAUUGUUGGGUUUGGAGUCAUGUUUACCUUCAUACCUUUUAAUGUGUACAUGAUCGAUGCGUACACGAAGUAUGCGGCUAGUGCCAUCACCGCUGGUAACAUAUUACGAAGUCUAUCUGCGGCUCUUCUGCCUCUUGUUGGUGCCUCAUUGUAUAAUAAUCUGGGGUACGGCUGGGGUAACUCUCUUUUGGCCUUCGUAUCUCUGGCAUUGGGGGCAAUGUGUCUACUUUUCCUUAAGUAUGGCGAGGAGUGGCGGAGGGAAUUCUCGAUUCAGCUCCAUUGA